GAUCAACUCGAGUCUCUCAAAAGCUGGCAAAACAUAGCUGCUCACUAGUUAGCUAGCCAAUUACAGGCUAACGGGAAAAAUGGCUUAGCGUGGUCCCCCCUCAUUACAUCGACAAUCAUAUAGCUGUAAUUUGUUGUUGAUACAUAUGAUUUACGUUUUUAGUAUUCCUUGUAAACGUACUUGAUUCAUGCAAACUCUCGUUCGUUAGAUUUAGCAGGCUCAUAUGAACAUCUUUUGACAUCAACACGGCUCAGCUCAACCGGUCCAGCAGACCCGGAGCAACAUGGUAGUUCCGGACAGCGCCACUGCGGCGCAACCAGCAGACAACGACUGUGUGAAGCCCUCCCAGCCGAGCUACGAGGAGGAGCAGGAGCUAGCAGGGGUGGAGUUGGAGGAGGUACUUAAGCUCCAGGAACUCAUUCGAAGACUUGAGGUCCAGAAUCAAACACUCCGCAACAGGGGAGGCAGUAAGAAUCUCAGAGAGACUACCACAAACAACAGUAACCUCACAACCAGUACCAACAUCAAUGAGAUAAUCUCCUCCUGUGAAGGAGAGAUCAACACCAACUCCCUUCUCAGGUUGGGGAGCAGUGGAAGUUGUGGAACGGAACUAGGCGGCAGCAGUAGUGACUUGGAGCUGUCCCCUCCUCAGGACAGUAGUAGCAGUGAGGAUAUGUCCCAGCUCCCUAUAGUUAACCGGGAAGAGGAGGAUGGUAGACUGUGCGCAGGCUUUCUGACCCUGCCGUGCGGGAAUGGACCAGGACCGGCACAGACCCAGGGGCUAAGCACAACCCCAGAGAGUCCCUCUCUGGACAGCUAUGAGUCUGAGACCCUGGCGGAGAGCGACUCGGGAUUGGACCAGUUGGCCCUGGAUGAGGUGGAUGUUCUGGACCUAUGGGAGGACCUUGCAGAGGUGGAUGACGAGGACAGCUGGUUGUAUGUCUCCCCUAUGAAGCAGGUAGUUGAUGAGCCCAGACCUGAGUCUCCUCUGAAGUGGUGUCGGAGGGUUCUGGACCACCCCAGCCCAGAGACGGAGGUGGCCUGUCGCACCCUGCUCAACCGUCUCGACCAGACGUCUCGCUGGAGGAACAUCUACAGCAGCUCUGGCCAGACGGGGGAGGCUGGCUCCUCUGUCCUCCUCUCUCCUGGGUACCACCACAAAUCCACUAACAAAACCCUACUAGCCAGUGGUGGCUCAGGCUACGUGAGUGUGCACUCUGCUCUGAGUUCCCAGUCUUCUGUAGACAGUGAGCUGAGUACCUCAGACGACUCCAUCACCAUGGGUUACAAGCUACAGGACCUCACUGACGUCCAGAUCAUGGCCCGCCUACAGGAAGAGAGUCUGAGACAGGACUAUGCCUCCAGCUCUGCCUCAGUGUCUCGUCGUAGUUCCUCUGCCUCCCUCCAGUCUCUACGUCGGGGUGGGACCUACAGCGACCAGGAGUUUGACACCUACAGCCUGGAGGAUGAGGAGGAUGAGUGCUGCUCUCUGCCCCAGCGACGCCUACGCUACUCCCCCUCUCCCCUGAGCUCGCCCCGCUGCCUCUCCCCCUCCACGGGUUCCCAGGGCCAGGCAGAGUACAGCAGGCUGGGGGCCCCCCGACAACGUGUUCCACGGCGUUCGCUACAGGGGCCCGGGCCCGAGCUUCUAAAGUUCGCCAAGACCGAGGAAGAGGUGAGGCACAGCAUGCCUAACCUGGCCCCCCGCACCAGCCUGCGUUCCCUGGAGGCGGUCAGGAAUAGCCGCAGCAUGGAGGCUAACCUCCAGAGCUCUGGUAUGUCAUCCAGUCGGAUGCGAGGCAGUGGCCAGUCCCAUCUGUCUAUGCGGGUCCCUGUCAAAGCCAUGGGCUCCAUGCCGGGGGCCCGCCAGCCCUCCAGGGGCCUGCCUGUAGUCCAGAGUGGACCCAAUGGAGGGGUACGGAGGGUCCAGUCCCCAGGGCCUGCCAAUGGGGAAGCCUACACAGCCGGGAGAGCCUCUACUGUGGGUGGGAGGCAAGCAGCAGCCCCAUCCUCAAGGAGUAGACUGGCCCAUCCUCAUAGAAGGUCUAUGGGGAUGACUAGAACGAAUGGCCCAAUCUCAAAUGAGUCGUGGAGAGACGGCUGCUACUGAGGCAACAAGGAAACUUCCUCCACCUCUCCUUUAUCUCACGUUUUAGUAUAAACACCAACUUAAUUGCCUCUGAACGUACCCCUGUAGGCAACACAAACAUGUCUCUGACCAUACCGCUGGCCUAUGAACAUACCUCUGUAGGCUGGACCACUGUAGAUGAACAGAGCUUCCCUGGCAUGGAGAACCCUCUCACCCCACGGAUACACUGGAGACAGGACCUAGACAGCUUCCCUGGCAUGGAGAACCCUCUCACCCCACGGAUACACUGGAGACAGGACCUAGACAGCUUCCCUGGCAUGGAGAACCCUCUCACCCCACGGAUACACUGGAGACAGGACCUAGACAGAGCUUCCCUGGCAUGGAGAACCCUCUCACCCCACGGAUACACUGGAGACAGGACCUAGACAGCUCUCCUGGCAUGGAGAACCCUCUCACCCCACGGAUACACUGGAGACAGGACCUAGACAGAGCUUCCCUGGCAUGGAGAACCCUCUCACCCCACGGAUACACUGGAGACAGGACCUAGACAAAGCUUCCAGAGUACAGAAGAUGUUUAUAACAUGUCGAUUCCAAUUCCAGUCUAUAUUUUAUGAUAGUUGAGAGAAGACAAAGGGUUGUUUGUUUACGUUCUGUAGAUUUACAAAUGAUUGGUGACUUUGGAUGGACUGUUUGUUCUAUUGUGUGUGUAUGAAGGUGAUCACAUCUGUUACUUAGGUGUUGCAUGAUGUUUAGUUCUCUUUUCUCUGAGGACAAAGAAAUUAGUUUGUUAAAUAAUAGCCUUAGAAAUAAUAAGUCUGUUCUUCCAAGGAACAACCCUCAUGUUGAUGCGUGUGGGAAGUUUUUUUUGUUUUUUUAUGUUUGUGAGGGAUUGGUUGUGAUUGCUGUAUAAUUGUGUUUUGCCGACGAACACAACAGCUCUGGACCACACUGCCCUUCCAUCAAGACCCCCCUUAAGAACUUUAAUUUUAUUUAAAUAAAAAAACAUACAUUGUUGGGAUAAAUUCUUUGUGCCAAGGUGCAUAUCUGUUGCUGCAGCAUUGUUUCUACAAAUCCAACAAACUACUACUUGUAGUUGAGAUACUGUAUACAUUGCUUUACCACAGUUUACUGCAUAUCGAUUGGUGAAUCUGAGUGUUGUUGUUUUUUUAAUACCACUGUACUAAUAAAACAAACUGAUGCACGAAGUAAAGGCCUUAUGCUCUUUCUAAGAGACAACCAGAUAUGCACCCUCAUGCGGAGUGCCUCUGGAAAUGAAGAAUGAAACCUACCCAGAACUUAAAUAUUUACUUUGCUGCUCAUGUAGAUGCUCUUCCUCUGCAUGCACCAGAUAGUGAUGUGCUGUAGGCUGGAACAAAUUCUGGUGAAUAAAAAUAAUCUGUUCUGUUUGUGAAACUCAAUCUAAGAAUAAUCCUACUGUUAUGUUUUAUUGAGCCAGUCAAUAAAUGUCUAUUCCAAAA